UGCGCCGUUUGAAGUACCGGAGAAAGAAGCUGAGAGAGGCUCGUCCGACCUCCUACUAUUGGGCGUAAAUCGUUCAUCUGUGCCAUCAAACAUUUCUCGCCAGAUUAUUCCUUCCCUCACUCUCGUAAUGAGAGGAGAAAGUCUCUGUUGAAGCAGCAGAAACUAAGAGGGAAUCGUCGGUUAGAAAAAGACGAAGACUUUGGAGUUCUAGAUUUGGAGAUGUCUUUUGGUGAUGCCUUUUUCCACAAAGACGCAUGAUUGUCUAGCAAAAGAGCGAUAGUUACGCUUGUUUGGAUCCAUAUGACAUUGACCUACGGAUGUGGAAAUCAAAAUCGAUCUGUUUGUCGAAUAUAAAGUGAUUGUGUCGGAUCAAGACUUAACCCAUGUUGGUUAAAGGUAGAGGAUAUCUUGGGUUUCGUCAGUUUGCGUCAUGACUUCCAGCUAUGCUCAUGUAAUGGACAGACAAGCCACGUUUCCUAACCGAUUGGAGAGUCCGAUCACCGCCAAUCAGGAUCAUUUACAGGCUAAGAAGAACUUUUCCGUGAGCCACCUGUUGGAUCUGGAGGAGGCGCGGGAGAUGGUGGGAGCUCAAGCGGAGGAGAGCACAGGGGAGGCGGGCAGGAGUAUGCUGGAGUCUCCGGGACUGACCAGCGGCAGCGACACGACACAGCAGGAGAAUGAGCAACUCAACUCAGAGGAGAAGAAAAAGCGUAAACAGAGGCGGAAUAGGACCACGUUCAACAGCAGCCAACUGCAGGCCUUAGAGAGAGUGUUUGAGAGGACUCACUACCCCGACGCUUUUGUUCGGGAGGAUUUAGCACGCCGAGUCAACCUCACUGAAGCACGAGUGCAGGUGUGGUUUCAAAAUCGGCGGGCAAAGUUUCGGCGAAACGAACGUGCAUUGUUGGCAAGUAAAAAUGCCUCAUUGCUUAAGUCUUUCUCAGGAGAAGUAACAGCCGUAGAGCAGCCCAUUGUCCCACGACCCGCUCCCAGACCCAAUGACUACCUGUCCUGGGGCAGCUCACCCUCGUACAGCGCAAUGGCAACUUAUUCUCCAUCAUGCGCUAACAACAACACAGCCCAGGGCAUGAAUAUGGCCAACAGUAUCGCCAACCUGAGACUGAAGGCCAAAGAAUACAGCCUGAACCAGGUACCCACCGUCAACUGAAGCGGACAGCAGGGCUGUCAGAGACUCUGAGCGAUCCCAAUGUCCCCACAAAACCGACAUACAUGUUGUUUUCUGUCCUCCUAUAUGUGCUUUACUCUUAUCCGUCAAAUUCUACAAGGAAACGAGAACUUCUCCAAGGUACGAGAUUUCCUGAACCAAUCACUGUCAUGUACUGGGCAUGUGGGAAAAUGACAUGUGGGAAAAUUCAGUUUUGGAAAGCACAAAAUGGAAACUUUUCUCUGUUCGCACUCACUGUGGCAGCGUGAGUGUGGUCAUCCCGUGUGAAGACCGUGGCUUACUAUAGAUUUCUUUCUCAAGACCACAGGGAUUUGAUGACCUCUGCGGAAUCCCUAUACUACAAUCUUGUGGACAUCUGUGAAGUUUUUUAGGAUUUCCCCUCGAUUUCUCCUUGGAACUCAUAACUAUGCACUGAGGCCACAAAUUGGGAUUUGGAUAUUUUGAUUAUUUGGAACUGGCUGAAAUUUGGCUACCUUAUUAACGUACUCUAAAAUCACUCUUCACUGUUUUCAGUUUAAAACAUUCCCGGGUUAUUUGUUCAUUUCGGCAUAUUCAGAACUCUUGCCAUAUAUGUAAGUAAUGAAUUUGGAGCCUUGUUGAUUUUACCCAUUUAUAUUGUCUAAACAUAUCUAAACAUGUAAUAUUCCUUUUGCAAUAAAGAUGUCCAAGCAGUUUAA